AUGCCGAACUCUAUGUGGGAAGUUGGAAGUGCUCAGUAUCUUCCACCGCCAGAGCUUCAGCAGAAGCUACGAGACUUGAGAACGGGGUUCGGGGCAGCGCGAAGGGGACCCCCAGGGCGGCCGGACUGGGGACAAACCGGUUUGGGUGCUCUCCGGCAGAAGACGUGGCUUCGCAGUGGCAGGGUAGAAGGCCAGCCCAAUGGUGACACAAUCCCAGCUGAGCAAGCCAACCCUUCAGAUGACACUGUUGCUGGUGCUGGGAGUCGUCAGAAUGAUCAGAUAGUGCAGAAAAUAGAGGAAGUGCUCUCUGGAGCCCUUGAUACAGAGCUGCAGUGCAAAUCAGAUGUAGGCAAAAAUACUGUGAAAAAUAGUACUAAGUCUACAAAAAGAAGCUCUACUGCUGAAGAUGAAAUUCCUAGGAAAAAAUCAAAGAAGAACAAGAAACACAAAAGCAAGAAGAAGAAGAAAAAGAAGAAGAAAAGGAAGAAAGAGAAAAAGCAUAAAAAGCAGCCAAAGGAGUCAAAGCUGAGUACACGUCAUGGAGAACAUGCAGACUUGCAGGCUGCUUCUCACUUGCUGCCAGAGAAAUCAAGCUCCAAACUGAGUGCACAGCAUGGAGGCUUUGGAGAUGCAAAUCUGGCUGUCCAUGUGCAGCCAGAAGAACUGUGCGUAAAAGCAAGUGAGGAGCUUGAUAGACAAGCUUUAGGACUUGUCUCUCAUUCAAGAACUGAUUUUCAGCAAUCUACAGAAAAUCUUGGAAGUGAGAAGGAGACUUUGUGUGCAACAAAUCCUCCAUUUAUCUUAGAAGGCAGCCAAUCUGAUAUCCAAGAAAAUGCUAAUAUAACUCAAACUAUAGUUUGCACUAGAGAAGAACAAAUUAAACAGUCUCAUGAAAAUAUUUAUCCUGUAGCUAUUAGUGUGAGUGAAAAGGGUGUUCUUGUUGAUACUGGAAAUGAUACUUCAUCUAGCAUCCUAUCUGGAGUUGCCAAUAAACCUGAAAUUCAGAAAGAUUCAGCAGCAGGUCUAGCUUCAGUGGUAGUAGAAGCACUAAAAGGUUCAGAAGUUGUUCUGAAAUCUAAAGCCACUGGGGAGUUAAAAGCUAUGGCUACAGCUCUUGAGUCUGGUGCCAUGGAGGUGUUGAAAUAUUCAGAAGCAUCUCUACAAUCUGUGGCACAGAGGGGAGAGUUGGAAGCAACUUCAGAAUCUUUUUCUUUGGCAAGUGAUGUGACAGCGAUUCCUAAGUCUGCAAGUCAGGCAGAUCUGAAUACUGUGAAGGUAGCUCACAUGCCUGUGGCUGUGGAAGAAGUGAAAAUUCCAGAAGCAACUGAAAAAUCUCUGCAUAUGGGAAAUGUGAAAAGUGUAGAAAGAUCUUUGGAAUUAGGGGGUGUGAGCAGGACUUUGGAGCCAGCUGUGAAGCCCUCAGUUGUAUCUGAUGAUUUGAGACUGACGCAGUGCAGCCCUGCAGAGGGUUCAAGUGUCUUGAAGGCAGAUGUAUCUUUGCAACAUCCUCUUAAAGUAUCUGCGGUGACUGCUGUGACCCAGGUGGAAGUAAAAAGUGCCAAAAUACCCCUGGGACCAGGAGCUGUUAUAGAAGUGAAGGAUACUGAACCAGCUCGAAGCUCUGCUCAUAUGGAAAACUUGAAAGCUUUGGAAGAAGCUCCGCAGCCAACUCCUGUAGUAAAGCCCGAAACUUUGGAAACAAUCAUGGAACAUCCUGUGGGUGUUCUAGCAAAAGACGUCAGAGCAGCUCGAGAAUGUCUGCAAGUUGAAGUAGUCAAAGAAGUGGAAUGUACUACUGAUGCUGCAACAGUGCUAAAUGCAUCAGGAGUGUUCCUGCAACCUAAAGUCUUGACAGAAACAAGAAGUGUGGAUAGAACCCAGGAAUCUGCACUUCCAACAGAAUUGAUGGAUGCAAAUGUGGUUGCGGAGGCAAAAGGCUUAAGAGCAACUUCAGAAUCUGUAGCACUUGCGCAGACCUUUGUUUCCCGAACCACGCCAGAAAUCCACAUGGUGGAAGGUUUUACAGGUCCACAAGCAACUGUGGAAGUUGUAGUGCUAACGGGAGUAAAAGGUCAAGAAACAAGUCGAGCUACUCUGCAACUGGAAAAUACUGAGUCCUCAAAAAUUUCUGAAUCUACUCUCAAGCCUGUAGUUGUAACAGAGCCAAAAGAUUCAGAAGGUACUUCAUUACUGAGACAACCAGAGGAGCUGAGGGAAUCAAGAUCUGAGAGUCAGUCAAAUGUGAGAGGUAUGGAAGUGACUCCCUUGUCUUUGCUGAAAGAUGUGAAAGGUCCAGGAGGAGUCCUAAGACCAAUGGCUGUGGUGGAAUCAAAAUCUUUGAAAACAGCUUCACUGUCUUUGCAAAUGGAAGGUGUGAAAGCAUCAGAAGAAGCUGUGCAUUGUGGGACUGUGGUCAGAGGUUUAGCAGCAACACUAGAUUCAACAGCAGUGUCAAAAGGUUCAGAAAUAUAUCUAGAUAGGACGGCGGAAGUAGAAGCAGGCUCAGAUGCUCAUCUCCUAGCUAUGAAAGUUGGAUCUGUGAGACCAGUGACAAGUUUGGAAGCAAGUGUAGGACCUGUAGCAGAGGAGGAAAGGAAAGAUUCAGAAGCAGACCUUGGCAGAGCCGGGACAGAGAUGAAGACAUCUUCAUCACACCUGCACUUGAAAGAUGUGAGAGAUUUGGGAGAUCCAACAUCUGUAGGUAUGACAAGGAUACAAACUCUGGAAGCAGUUUUGCAGCCUGGAACCCUUGCAGUGGCAGGAGGCUUAGGAGAAAAUGUGUGUUCUGAAGCCAAAAUGGGUAGCGAAGUCUUGGAAGCAAGUCCAGGACUUCUUACCUUAGAAGAAAGGUCAGAAAGGACUCCUGAACCUGUGGUUGCUUUUGUAAGCAUGGAAACAGUUAGAGAGUCUGAGGCAUUAGCAGGGAUGAUGCAUUUGCAAACCACAGCAGAGGGAGAACCAAAACAUGCAGAAACAGUUGCAGAACCUCUUGGUCCAAGCAAAACAGAGAGUUCCAUCAUUUCGCAUUCUCAGGUUAUGACACAGACAAGAACCUCACAGGCUGAGGUAGUAGGGACGAUGAAGGAUUCUGAACUAGCUACCAGUCCUGCCAUUGUGGAAGUGAGAGGUUUAGACAACUUGUUGGAAGUUGAGACAGUUGCGGAGGUAAAAGAUGUGGCAGCAACAUCAAAAACUUCACACUUAACACAGAUGGAAAAUUUGGAAAUGGUUGUGGGAUCUGAAACAAGGACACUAAUGCAAGGCUUGGGAAGGACAUUGGCGUCUGAGGUGGUUGGAGAGAUGAGGCAUUCUGAAGUUGCUCCAGAAGAUCCAAACAAAGCAAAAGCAAGGAGCGAAGAAGCAAUACUAGAACCUGUGCAAACAGUGAUGGUGCAACCUUCAGAAACAAGUUCAAAAUCUGUACAGGAACAAAUAGCAGGUCAUUCAGAAGCAGUAUUAGAGUCUCUGCACAGAGUAGAGGAAAAAAACGUAGCAUCAGAAAUGGCGACAGAAGUGAGAAACUUGAGAGGAACUUUGGAAUCUAAGAUUUCGACAGACAUCAGAACUCAGGGACCUACUGUAGAGUAUAUAAUUGCAACAAGGAGGACAAGCACAAAAAAAAUUGAACCCUCGCUUAUCAGUGUAAAAGAUUUUGAAGAAGCUUCAGAAACUGAGAAAGCAAUGAAAGCAAAGUAUUUGGAGCCAACAUCAGAAGCUAGAGAAGUGAGGUUGUUGGAAGGUAUGGAAGACUCUGCAACAGUACAGGUGAAAGGUUCUGAAACAGUGGAAAAGCCUGAGGUACACAUGGAUAUCCAAGGGAUGGAAACUUACUGCAAGUCUGGUAAUGUGGGGGCGAUGAAUGUUUUAGAGGAUGCUUCAGAAGCUGUUCCAGAAUCUUUGCACGCUGAAGAACAGGUGCAAGCAGUUCUAGAAGCAAAACCUGCUGCAGAAUGGGAGAGUGCAGAAAAGGCUCCAGAAAUCUUGAGUGCUGCUGAAAUGAAAUACUCUGAAGCAGUUCCAAAACCAAGGGAUGUGAAAGAUCUGGAAACAACACUGGAACAUGAAGCAGCAAAGGAAGUCCAAUAUGCAGAAGGGGUGCAGGGCCAACUAACGGAGGAUGUGAGAGUUCCAGGUGAAGCUCAGGUGUGCGAGGUACUGGGCGAGAAGAAAGACACAGAGCAAACUCAAGCAUCUGACCCUUUAGUAGCAGAAACAGUUUUUAGUUCUUCACAUGCAGCAGAUGAUAAAGAUUCAGCGGGAGCUCCUGAAUCUGAAAUAAUCAGAGACACAAAACAGUUGGAAGCAGCUACAGCUCAUGUGGUCGAAACAAAAGAUUUGGAAACAGCUCCUCUUCCUGAGACUGUUGUAGAGCUGAAAGGUGCAGAAGCAGCUGUGGGAUUGGAGCCAGAGACAAAAGAUUUGGAAGCAGCUCCAGUACCGGAGACUGUUACAGAAGCAGUUCCAGUACUCGUGUCAGAGGCAAGCCAGUCGGAAGUCAUUCCCCAGGCUGAGACUGUCAAAGAAGCAACUCCAGAGCAGGAGUCAGAGAAACGAGAUUCAGAAACAUCUGAUGUGCAGCCCGAUGUGGCGGCACGUAUGAGGGAGACUCUGAUGAGACUUGAGAAAGUUGAAAAAAGUAGCCAGAGAAGCAGUGAUAAAAAACAUGAUGCAAAGAAGCAAAAAAGGAGUCGCUCCAAGUCUCAGUCCAGGUCUAGGAAGCGGAAGAAAAAAUCAAGGUCGCGUUCUACUUCCAGGCGUUUGACUUCUAAAAGAGCACGUUCUAGGAGCAGAAACUACUCAGAUUCCAGAAAAAAGCAUUCCAAAUCAAGAUCCCGAUCUGUGGAGAAGAGAGAGAGAAGAGUGUCUUCCCGGAGGUCGAGGCGCAGACGUUCCAGGUCGUCUGACCGUUACAGGUCUAAAUCCAGAUCAGCAGAAAAGAGAGGGAGCAGAUUGUCCUCUGGGAGGUCCAGACGUAGACGUUCCAGGUCAUCUGACCACUACAGGUCUAAGUCCAGGUCAGUGGAAAAGCGUGUGUCCUCACGAAGGUCCAGACGUAGACGUUCCAGGUCUUCUGACCGUUACAGAUCUAAGUCCAGGUCAGUGGAAAAGCGACUCUCCUCUCGAAGGUCUGGGCGCAGACGUUCCAGGUCGUCUGACCGCUACAGGUCUAAGUCCAGGUCAGUGGAAAAGCGACUCUCCUCUCGAAGGUCUGGGCGCAGACGUUCCAGGUCUUCUGACCGCUACAGAUCCAAGUCUCGGUCAGCGGAAAAGCGACUCUCCUCUCGAAGGUCUGGGCGCAGACGUUCCAGGUCUUCUGACCGCUACAGGUCUAAGUCUCCGUCAGUGGAAAAGAGGGGGAGCAGGUUGUCCUCCUGGAGAUCCCGCCGCAGACGUUCCAGGUCCUCUGACCAUUCCAAAUCUAGAUCCAGGUCUUCCGAAAAGAGAGGGGGCAAAGAGUACUCAUGGAGGUUCAGACAUAGAGGAUCUGGUUCCUCUGACCGUUCAAAAUCUAGGUCAAGAUCUGUUGAGAAGAGAGGUCGUAAGACAUCUCUGCGGAGGUCUAAACGUCAGCGCUCUAAGUCCUCUGACCGUUACAAGUCUAGAUCCAGAUCAGUAGAAAAAAGAGAUCGAAAGCAAUCAUCACGGAAGUCUAAACGUCAGCGCUCAAAGUCCUCUGACCGUUACAAGUCUAGAUCCAAAUCAGUGGAAAAGAAGAAAGAGUCCUCACGAAAAUCUAAGCGUCGCCGCUCAAAAUCUUCUGAACGUUACAAGUCUAGGUCUAGGUCUGUUGAAAAAAAGCGCAAGGAAUCUUCAAAAAAAUCCAAACGGAAACGUUCCAAGUCCUCUGAUAGCGUUAAAUCAAGGUCCAAAUCUAUAGAAAAAAGAGAAGGUAAAUUAUCUGCCGUAAAGUGUAGUAGCAAGUGUGUAGAGUCUUCCGAACUUCAGGAGUCAACCACAUGUCUUGAAAAAGCAGAAGUUCCUGAACCACCUGCUGCAAGUGAAGACAGCUCCUCCAAAUCCUCCAAUGGUCCCAUGUCGGUAGCUUUGUCUGUUGAAGGAAUAAAUGGCCCAGAGCUGCCGCCAGUGUCUGAAAGUGGAUUUUCCAAAACUGUUGAUAGUCUUGAGAAAAGCUGCUCGUCUGAAAAAACAGCAGAUUUGCAGUCUUCUGUGAUGUCUGAAUUUGAUGGCUCCGAAACCCCAAAUGACCAGGAACUGAGAUCCAUGCCUGUGGAAAAAACACAGAUUUCGGAGCUUUCUGUGACAUCUGAAAAUGGAUCAGCUGAAAAAGCAGCGGCUCUGGCGUCUUCAUUGCUACCUGAACUUGCAUACUCCACAUCCACGUCAGGAUCCCCAUCUGUUGAAAAAAGGGGAGAUCCAGAAAAUUCUUUGGUAACAGAAUUUCAGCUCUCAGCAUCCCAUGAAGAUGAGUCGAGAUCUACCUCCCUCAGAGAAGUAGAGGGUCCAGAGCCUCUUCUGACGGUUGAAAGUGGAUGCUCUUCUGAUGAUUACAAGGGAAUCUCCUCGUCCUCUGGAAGAAUGGAGGUUCAGGGGUCUUCUCUGAUGUCUGAAAGUGUACUCUCUGACAGUCAUGAGUUGAGACAUACCCCUGUUGAAAAAACAGAGCUUCAGAAGUUUUUGCAAGUACCUGAAAGUGAAUCUUCCAAGUUGGCUGACAGCCAUGAGUCAAAGUCACAAUCUUUUGAAACAGUAGAGGCUCAAAAGUCUUUUCUAGCAUCUGAAGUUACGUGCUCUGCAUUCCCUGAUGGCUGUGAGUCAACCUCCUUGCCUGUUGAAAAGGGCCAGGUGCAGGAGCCUUCUCUAGUUUCUGACAGUGGAUGCUUCAAGUCUUCUGAUGGACGUGAAUCAGGAUCCAGCUUUGCCGCACAAACAGAGGAGCUUCCUUUAAUGUCUGAAGGUGGGUCCUUCAAGUCACCUGAUGGAAAUGAACAAACAUCUUUAUCUGUUGAAAAAAUCAAGGCUCCAGAUGUUUCCUUGACAUCUGAAUGUGGUCCUGUUGAGAUCUCGGAUGGCCUCGUUUCAGCAGCAUCUUUUGAAAAAAUGCAGGAAGUAGUACUGACAACUGUAGGACAAAGCUGCAAGUCUUCAGAAGUUCAUGAGUCCACGUCAUCUGUUGACAAAAAUUUAGAUGGUCCAACACUCUCACAAGUACUUGACACUGACUGCUCUGAAUCUUCUGAAAUGCAUGAAUCGAGUUACCUGCCUGCUGGAAAAAUAGAGGGUACAGGAUCUUUGUUGAUGUUUAAAAGUGUAAUUCCUGUGUGCCAUGAUGGCCAUAAAUCGAAACAUCAUUACUUUGAGAAAACAGAAGGUGCGGAGCUGGCAUUGGCAUCUGAGCUUAGAUGUUCUGUCUCACCUGAAGGCUAUGAAUUUACAUCCACUGCAGCUGAAAAAAUGGAGAUAAAAAAGCCUUCAUUCCCACUGGAAAGUGGGUUCUCCGAGUCUGCUGAUGUUUGUGAAUCAGUAAGCGCACCUACUGAAAAACUGCAGGCACCAGUGACUUCUGUGACUUCUGGAGAUGGGCUUUUCCUGUUGCCUGAUAGUCACGAAUUGAGUACUAUCGCUGCUGAAAAAGUAGAGGUGCAAAAGUCAUCUGAACUGAAAUGCAUUGCAUCCCCUGAUGGCCACAAGUUGAGGUCUGCUUAUGAUGAAGAAAUACAGGUGCAGGAGCCAUCUCUGAUACUGGAAAGCAGAUGUUCUGUUUCCUCUGAUGGCCAUGAGUUGACAUCCACUGCUUUUGAGAAAGCUGAGGUAGAGGAGCCUUCUCAAAUGUCUGAAAAUGAAUACUCAAUAGGACUUGAUGGCCCAGAGUUGACAUCAACCCCUGCUGAAAAAACAGAGAUGCGGGAGCUUUAUCGGAUGGUUGAAGAAAGAUGUUCAGUGUCCAUGGAGAGCCAGGAGUUGCGGUCCCCCCCCGCUGAAAACAUGGAAGUGCAAGAGCCUGCUCUGACGUCUGAAAAUGAAUAUGCUGUGUCUUGGGAGAGCCGGGAGUUGAGAUCUAGCUCUCCUGAAAAGGCAGAGAUGCAGGAGACUUCUGUAGUACCUGACAAUGAAUAUGCUGUGUCUUCUGAAGAUCACAAGGUGCUGUCUUCCCUUGCUGAAAAAACAGAGGUACAGGAGUGUUCUCUCCUGUCUGAAAAUGAGUAUGCUGUAUCUCCUGAGGGCCAGGAGAUGAUAGCCAGCCCUGCUGAGAAAGAGGUGCAGGAGCCUUCUCUGACAUCUGACAGUGAAUAUAUCAUCUUCCCUGAAGGCCAAGGAUUACAGUCUAACCUUUCUGAAAAAACAGUGGUGCAGGAGCCUUCGCUAGUAUCAGACAGUCAGUAUGCUGCGUCCCCUGAAGGGCAGGAGUUGCUUUCUGGUCUUCCUGAAAAAUCAGAAGUGCAGGAGUGUUCUUUGCUGUCUGAAAAUGAGUAUGAUGCAUCACCUGAAGGCCAUGAUUUGAGAUCCAGUCCAGUUGAAAGAGAAGAAACGGAGGAACCUUCUGAAACAUCUGAAAGUGAAAGUUCAAUGUCCACUGAUAGCCAGGAGUUGCAGUCUACUGUUGUUGAAAAAACAGAGGUGCAGGAGUUAUCUUUGUCUGAAGGUGAAUGUCCCAUGUCCCCCGAAGGUCAGGAGCUACAGUGUAGCCCUGCUGAAAAAGUAGAGGCUAAGGAACCUUUUCUAAUAUCUGAAAAUGAACAUGCUGUGUCCCCUGAAGAGUAUGAACCACAAAUGACUCAUGCUGAGAAAACAGAGGCUAUAGAUUCUUCUUUGACAUCCGAAAAUUACCGUCUUUUGUCUUUCGAGAGCCAGGAGGUAAGAUUCACCCCCGUUCAAAACACAGAUGUGCGGGAACUUUCUCCAGCACCUGAAAAUGAACAUGCAGCGUCCCCUGGUGGUCAGGAGUUGAGAUUCGCCGCUGCUGGAAAAGUAGGCAGUCCCGAACCUUUGACACUAAAUGAUAGAGCCUCCAUGUCUCCUGAUGUCAGUGACUUGAAAUCUGUCCCUGUUGAAAGAAUGGACGAUGCAGUGCCUUUGAUGCCUGAAACUGGGUGCUCCAUGUCCCCUGAUGGCUAUAGUGUGAAAUCUGGCCCUAGUGAAGAAACAGAGGAUCUAGAGCCCUCUUUGAUAUCUGAACAUAGACAUUCCACAUCCUCAUACCGGGAAGGUCAUGAGCUGAAAUCUCCUGUGGAGGAAGAGGGUCUAGAUUCCUCUUUGACUUCCGAACAGAGACAAUCUGUGUCCCCUGAGGCCCAUGACCAGAAAUCUACCAUAGAUGAAGAAAUGGAUGAUCUGGAGCCAUCUUUGACAUCGGAGCAUAGGCGCUCCACCUCCCCUGAUGAGCAGGAGUCAAGAUCUAGCCUUGGUGAAGAAGCAGAGUAUCAGGAGCAGCCUUUGACAACAGAACGUAGAUGCUCUGUGUCAUCUGAUGAACAUGAGUCAAGGUCUACCACUGGGGAAGAGGUAGAGGAUGCAGAAACCUCCUUGACAGCUGAACGAAGAGACUCCACAUCCUCUGAUGAUCAUGAGUCGAGGUCUACCACCGGUGAAGAUAUAGAAGAUGGAGAGCCCUCUUUGACAGCUGAACGUAGACACUCCACAUCUUCUGAUGACCGUGAGUCAAGGUCUACAGCUGGUGAAGAAAUGGAGGAUUUGGAACCUUCUUUGACAGCUGAACAUAGGCGCUCCGUGUCUCCUGAUGGACGUGAGUCAAGGUCAACCACUGGUGAAGAAGCAGAGGACCAGGAGCUGUCUUUGACAACUGAACGUAGACACUCCACAUCCUCAGAUGAGCAUGAGUCAAGGUCUACAACUGGCGAAGAUGUGGAGGAUAUGGAACCCGCAUUGACAGCUGAACAAAGAGAUUCCACAUCCUCAGACGAGCAAGAAUCGAGGUCUACCACCGGUGAAGAGGGUGAGGAUAUGGAACCCUCUUUGACAACUGAACAUAGACAUUCCACAUCCCCUGAUGGGCGUGAAUCGAGGUCUACCACUGGUGAAGAAAUAGAUGAUGUGGAGCGCUCCUUGACAGCUGAGCGAAGAGACUCCACGUCGUCAGAUGAGUGUGAGUCAAGGUCUUCCACUUGUGAAGAGGGUGAGGAUGCGGAGCCUUCUUUGGCAGAUGAAGAUAAACAGGAUUCCAUGCCUGUUGAGAGGCUGGAAGAACAAGACUCUUCUUUUAUACCUGAAAGUAUGCGUUCUGACUCUUCUGAACGUGAAAAGUCAAGAUCCAAAUCCGUUGACAGAAUAUCUGACAAAGAGUCUUCACGAAGAUCUAUAAGCAGACGCUCAAUAUCUCCUACUCGCCAAAAGAGUCGAUCCACAUCUGUUGAAAAAGCAACAGACAGAGAGUCUUCACGGAGAUCUAGACAUAGGCGUUCCAGGUCCACAUCUGUUGAAAAAACAGCAGACAAAGAGUCUUCGCGGAGGUCUAGACAUAGACGCUCCAGGUCCACCGGUCGCCAAAGGAGUCGAUCAACAUCUGUUGAAAAAACAGCAGACAAAGAGUCUUCACGGAGGUCUAGACGUAGACGCUCCAGGUCCACUGGUCGCCAAAGGAGUCGGUCCAAAUCUGUUGAAAAAACAGCAGACAAAGAGUCUUCACGGAGGUCUAGAAGCAGACGCUCCAGGUCUUCUCAGCGCAGAUCCCAGAGAUAUGACACAGAAUCUCGCUCUAGACGGAAUCGCUCCAGGUCAGGAACACGUAGAAGAGCUUCAAGAUCAAAAUCUAAUCGUCGCUCUCGGUCUAGCUCAUUGUCGCGUUCAAGGCACAGAAGGAGGAGUAGGUCAAGGUCAGCAUCUAGAAGGCGGCGUUCUUUAUCAAGAGACAGGCGUAAGAGAUCUCAGAGAAAUAGAUCAAGAUCUACUGAUAGAAGAAGAAGAAGAUCAGAUUCAAGAGAUCGUAGAAUAUCACUCAGAUUACGGAGCAGGAGUCGAACACCUAUUCGUCAAAGGCGAUCAAGGUCAAGAGGAAGAAGACGGAGCUCUAGUAGGUCACCAAUUCGACUACGGCGAUCGAGAUCUUCAGGGAGAAGAAGAUACAGCAGAUCACCUGAUCGUCGUAGGUCAAGGUCAUCGGAACGAUUUGCAAGCAGGUCACCUAAACGUCUUACAGACUUGGACAAGGCCCAGCUACUUGAAAUAGCCAAAGCUAAUGCAGCCGCCAUGUGUGCGAAGUCUGGCGUUCCCUUACCACCAAGCUUGAUGCCUUUGUUAUCUCAAAAGAAAGACGACAAAGCCAAUCAGAAGUCAUCAAGAGAUACACUAAAGGAGCUCACUGAGAAAUGCAAGAAGAUUGCUCAAAGCACAGAUGAUGUGAUAGUGAACAAACCUCAUGUUUCUGAUGAAGAGGAGGAAGAACGUCCUUUCUAUAAUCAUCCUUUUAAGCUCAGUGAACCCAAACCUAUUUUUUUCAAUUUAAGUACUCCCAGCAUAAAACCAGCACCACCACCACAACCAAAAAAUCAGGUCAGCCUGUCAAAGGAAUUUCCUGUUUCAUCUGGGUCUCAACAUAGGAAAAAAGAAGCAGAUAGUGUCUAUGGAGAAUGGGUUCCAGUUGAAAAAGGCAAAGAGGAAAGCAAGGAUGAUGUUUUCCCCAAACCAUCCAUUGAGGGUGUGGACAUAACUACGGCUAUGAAUGAUCGAGCAGUGGCUCAGAAAAGGCUUAAUGAAAACACAUUUGAUUUAGAGGCCAUGUGCAUGUUAAAUCGUGCACAGGAACAGAUUGACGCCUGGGCUCAAUCAAACUCCAUACCUGGCCAGUUCACAGGAAGUACUGGAGCACAGAUACUGUCCUCAGAUGAGCUGACCAACAGUGGUCCCCAAGCAUGGAUUAGAAAGGAUCAGUUCUUAAGAGCAGCCCCUGUAACUGGAGGAAUGGGAGCUCAACUGAUGAGAAAAAUGGGCUGGAGAGAAGGAGAAGGGCUCGGAAAAAACAAAGAAGGCAGUGUUGAGCCUAUUAUGGUCGAUUUUAAGACAGAUAGAAAAGGGCUUGUUGCUGUGGGAGAGAAGGCACAAAAGAGAUCUGGACAUUAUGUUGUGAUGAAGGAUCUUUCAGGUAAACAUCCAGUUUCUGCGCUGAUGGAGAUCUGUAACAAAAGAAGAUGGUCGGCACCUGAAUUUGUGUUGGUGGAUGAUAGUGGGCCUGAUCAUCGCAAACAUUUUAUCUUUAAGAGGUGGCUGAGGACUGCUAAGCAGUGUCUUGAUGCUAAAUUUUCAAAGUCCUGUUUCUGUAAAGGCCAAACUGGAUCUCUCAAGCGCAUUAAUCUUGAAGUCUGUCAAGAAACACACUCUUCCACUUGUUACUGAAGUUAUUAACCUGUGU